AUGGAUCAGCUUCGAGAGGACAGCUAUGUGGAAACAAGCAAGCUGAUGAUGCAUGUAAACGCCAUGUCGAUGGUUCUCAUUCCUUACAUCUAUGGGGAUGACCGGAGAUUCAUGGCCGGUAUCCUGCUCGCUGCUGCAGCUGCUUAUGCCACGCACUUGGCCUUGGCGAUGCGGAGGAUCAGCCUGAGGGCCUACCAGUUGAAAACAUUUGUUGCGGCAUACUACGUGAUCACGAUCCUGUGUAUCUGGUCUGGUCAGCUAGCAGGUAGCUCUGAAACGCAUCAAAGGUUGAUGACAGUCGGCCAGAUCACCUUGUUCGCCUGUUAUUGUGAUCGCACCGUGCACAUACCAGGCCAAGUUGCCCUCGCUCUGGCACAGAUCCUUCAGCUUGCGGCAUCUAGGGGCUGGCAAGGCAUCUCAGCCAAUGUCGUGGUAACUCCAUUGCUCACAGCCUUGAUCCUGACAUUUUGCCUCGUGGUCCUGGAGAACACCCUGAAGGAAGGCUUGGCAGCUCAGUUCCGAGGCACAGAUGCUGAGUCCUUGGUCGCCUCCUUUCGGACGAUGCUGCGGGGCUUAUGCGAUGCGGAUCUGUUGCUGGAUGAGUCCUUGACCAUCGUGGACGAUCACGACCUCCUCAGUGGGCUACUGGGCCGGAAAGAGAGCCUUACUGGCCAGGCCUUUGCAGACCUUCUCCUACAAGAUACCGAAGAGCAGGAAAGAUUCCAAAAGUUCAUCGGAAGGCCGAACGUAUCCAUGGGCACCUCUCAAGCAAGCACGCCCCCGUGCUUGCGUGUCUCCCUUCGAAGAAGGAGCCCUUUCCAGCGCGUGGGCGCCGAUCUUUUCCACGUGCGCGUUCCGCGCUUGUACGGCUGCGCCGGUGCCUACCACCUCAUGGCUUUGAAGCUGGAUCCGGAUGCGGAAGUCGGGGAGGAAGACGAGCAGGUAGGUCCCGUAAGUUCUUCAGAGGCUUCCUUCUUGAGGCCCGCCAGCUUCGCAAGCUUGGACGGCUUAGAUUUGGAUGGUCCGCCCUCCCCGAUCUCGGAUCGAGCUAAGGGAUCCUUCUUGGAGGCGCUCCAGACAUUCUCAGAGCUGAGCUUCAAGGUGGAACGGCGGGUCAAUCCUAGGGUCAUCUCGAUGCACUUCAACUUCAUGCGAAGCCAGGCGGACGCGCAGAGUGUGAACAGACCCCAGGUAGUAGAGUAG